AUGGCAUCGCUUUGUCCCGGCGGCGGCCACCAUGAAAGCGACGGCCGCGACGACGUGAACUGCGUCCAUGCACCAUGCCACUACCCAGGUCACCCGCCGGUGCACUUUGAUGUCCCCACCGCCGCCGGCCGGCAGAUUUACUGCAUCCAAUGUUGCGGGAGGCGCAAGGUGACCGUCUCCCCUCCGUGCGGAAGCAGCUGCCGUCCGGACCAACCCGCCGGAGCCCGUUCCCAAUCCGGGCCGGUCAUCGUUGUCUUCCUGGGCAGGGACGGGGAGUACUUCACGGACUACGGCCUUCCACACAAGCAGGUCGGACCCUUGGACGAACUCAUGCAUCAACUACUCUCCUUCCUUCCACGGCUUGAUGAGAAGAAGCAUCUGCGAGGCACCACAUCAUCAUCUGCACAAACACUGCAACAACCGGAAGUCUCGUCCUUGACGGACGCACUGGACCAUACAGCCUUGGAGGAAUCGUCCAUGGCUUCCAAUUCCCCGUCCUACAUGCAUGACACCAUUCGGGCCCGGGACCUUGCAUAUGAAUACAAAGGUGUUGUGUGCUACCACGUGUUCAAUCAAGGGGGCAAUAAUCGUAGGAUGUACUAUCAUGUCAAUUUCACUGCAACUACCAAAGACAACGAUGACCUAUUGUUCUUUGCUGAAACUAUUGGUGAACAACGUGAUGCGUUGGUGGUCAGCUGUAUCUGCAGGAUUAAUCCUUCUGAAAAAGACAUGGGUCGCUGCUAUGCUUGUUUAUCUGGAGUGAAGCACCCCAAGGAUGAUGCAUACUUUGGUGGUCACUCUUCUGCGGGUGUCUUGUCGGGCACAUAUCAAUCUCAUGGUCCCAAGGAGGAUUUGGGAGUAACUGCUGCCCAAUUGAAAGAUGAGGAGUCCCGUGUAAGAUAUUCGCAUAAGUCAUCAAAUAUCCUACUUGGCACUGGAAGCCUUUAUACAUGCCCUAAUCGCCGUUGCCCUCACCACGGCUUCCCCAUGCCAGACCCUCCCUGCGGCUGCGGCGAGACUCUCGGCCGUCCCCACGUUGACGCUCCUGCACUCUACACGGGCCAGCCAAUAGUGCACUUUGAUGUUCCCACCGCCGCCGGGCGGCAGAUAUUUUCCGUCCAAUGUUGUGGCAGAGACGAAGAAGCAAUCGUUCAUCCUCUUGGCGGAAGCAGUCGGGACCAACUCGCCGCAGCCCGGUCGACGUCCGAUCCCGGGCCAGUGAUCGUUGUCUUCAUAGAUAAGGAUGGAAAGUACUUCACGGACUAUGGUUUUCCAUCCCUGCCGAUCUCAAACAUCAACCAACUCAUGCUCAAUGUAUUGUCUUCCCUGUCAAGGCUUGAGGAGAAGCAGGUUGGAGGCACUGCAUCUGUACAAACGCUGCAGCCACCAGAUGUCCUGUCCUUGAAUGAAUUAUUCCACACUGCAUCAUUGGAGGAAUCGCCCACUUCAAUAUCCCCGUGUUCCAUGAGGGUCCGGGUAUUUAGUGAUUGGGGAAUCAGAUUUUACAUCAGGACUGACCACAGCGGAUUUUAUCAUACAUAUCCGGAUGUGGGUGGGCAGUUUCCUAGCUUAACAGAGGCUUACAGUGCCAUCGAUUGCUAUCUUCGUGAUCGUCAGGAUCCAACAAUGCGCAUCGAUCCAUAUGAUCCAGAUUUGGUUUAUCGUGUGAAUGAAUCUACCCGUGAGAAGAUUAUACGCAAAAUUCUGUACUGGCCUGAUGGCACAAGGAAGUUGCGGUUGCAGUCACUGCCGGUUGAUGAAAUGCGUAGUUGGAUGCUUCAGUUGGUUCGAGCUUUGGUCGACAAAUAUAACGAUGAUCACAAUCUUUUAGGGGAUCUUGCAUAUGAACUCAAAGGUGUGGUGAGCUACCAUGUGUUUAAUCAGGGUGGGAGUCGUAGGAUGUACUAUCAUAUCAAUUUCACUACAAAGACCAAAGACAACAAUGACCUAUUAUUCUUUGCUGAGACUAUGCGUGAACGAGAUUUGUUGGUGGUCAGCUGUAUCUGCAGGGUUAAUCCUUUUGACAAAGACUUGGGUUACUGCUAUCGUUGUUUAUCUGAAGUGAAGCACCCCAAGGAUGAUGCAUACGUUGGUGGUCACUCUUGCUUGCCCGGCACGUAUCAUUCUUAUGGACCAAGGGAAGAUGUGGGAGUAACUGCCGACCAACUGGAAACCGAGGAGGCCCAAGUUAGAUAUUCGUACAAGGAUCCUGUCAAUCCAAGCUUCCUGGAGAAACUCAGGGCACCAACUGAAGUUAACUAUCCACCCCUGCGGCCAGUCGAAGAAAGCCUUGCCUUUAUUUCCUCGUUCUGUAGAUAAGAUGUCUGCGGUUUGGUGCUGCUAAGAUACAAGAAAGAGAAGGACAUGUGGUUUGGGAUGGGCCUAUUUAUAACAAGCUGCAC